AUGUCAACUGGAACCCCUAGAGCUAUUGGUGCUCUUCCAAAAUACAUACCCUCCAAGGCUGGAGGGCUCAUGCAACACUUGAUCACACCAAAUAUCUCAGAGUCAUGCCAUAGCCUUGUUGCACAUGUGUCCGCCUUCCAAACAAACAAAGAUUAUGAUGAUAGCGACACAAGUACUACUGGUGAUAAAUCCACUGACUCCACUGAAGAAGCUAGAGCCAGGCUAGUUUUGGAUGCCUCCAGAGCACAGCGGGAUGUUUGUCUUGCAGCAAAAAAACUUGCAGACUCCAUUAUCAAAGAGAAUGAAGCACUUGGGAGGCUAUACAGCCCUGAAAACGUUAUCGCACAUCUGAUGAUGGUUGAGUUCAUGACUUGGAUGAACUACUGGUACCAGUCAAUCGCUUGGCUAGAAGCAUUUCAGAGAGUUCAGCUGUUGAAGGUCAGCCUAGCAUGGAUUUUGUUUUAUUCAGAUGGAAAGAAAUCCAUGGCUGCUACUGGUGCCGAUAGCCCCUUGGGCUCAGACAAGGGGCAAAUUUACGGUGGUCUCGCCAAGAUCAUCUUUACAGAUCACCCCAAGUAUGGUGCUGCAUAUUCAUCUAAUCCCAAAAAAUUUCGUGACGCUGUUGGCAGUCACAUCACCACACAAGUCCUUUUUCUCAGGAACAAAUACAAGAAGGUCAAAGUGUCCUUUGGCAGCACAGGCGCUGGGGUGAUGCCAACUGAAGGGAGUCAGGCAAAGAACCUGUUGGAUGCAGCGCUUUUGGAGCUGCCGUGGUACAAGGAUCUUGAUACCAUCUGGCACUCCAAUCCUUUGAUGGCCAUGACCAUACACUCAUCAAAACCGGGCAUUGAUCACGCCGGCGCCCUGUAUUCCCUUGUUCAGUCAAACAGUGGGGCCGGUUCCUCUACAUACUUUGGCACCACUCAGCAGUCCUCCCAUCCCCCCAAUGUUCAGCCAUUGCAUCCCCCAAACUUAUCAUAUCCUGCGCCCCUGCACCACGCCCUCCCUCCAGUAUCCACCAGCGGUGCUGCAACAACCCCCUCCUGCUCCAUCCUAUCCCCCUCCUGA